CUGGCGAUCUUCAAAGAAUGGUUGCGGCUUCCAAAAGAAGAUGGGGUUUUUUGAUUUUGACAAGAAACUAACAUUUGCUUAUAGGAUGGUCUCAUAUAUCAAAGCGCAAUCACUUUAUAUAGUUCAAGGUUUCAAAAGAGAAAACAUGUUCAAACUUUGAUUACCGAUUAAACUAAUUGAAAGUCCAAACUAGGGUCUCUUCUGAGAAUGAAGUGAAGACCACAUGCAGGCAUGAAAGAUCAAUAAGCAAUCCAGGCAAAACCAGAUGGUUUGAUUUACAAAGUCAGCAGAUUUAUAGACAACACACGUGGGCAAGCAGUGAGCAAGAGCUGGCAUUUAUACAACUCAAUUACCUCUCUCAAUCUUCUCUCUCUCUAGUCUCGAUUGAUCGCCUCCACUGAUGCUCUCACUGUAUGUUUGUCUUUUAUCUUUAUUUCUCUGCAACUAAUCUAUGGAAUUUUUCUGAAAUAAUUGAUAUUUCCUCCUCAUACAUAUUCACACCAACAAUAUUAAUUAAUUACCUUUUAAUUAACUUCUGUCUUUCUCUCUACAUAUAUAUCCCUUUUGUGUGUCUAUAUAUAAUUAAUUUCUUCACUGGAAAAUCCUUUUCUUUGCUGGAUAUCUUGCCUUUAAAGUACUCCUUUCUUUCCUCUCACUUUCCUUUAUACUUCAUCUUCUUCUUCUUUCUUCCUCUCUCUUUGAGCAACUCCACUUCCAUUUUUGAGAGUAUGCCUGAAUGUCCAGAGAAAGGGAGAGAUUUGAUGAGAUAGGAAAGAAGAUCAAGAGAGAAGUAGAUGUCUCUUCUCAUAUGGGAAGAAGACACAUGUCGGGUCCUCCAGGAACCCUAAAUACUAUUACACCUUGUGCAGCCUGUAAACUCUUGAGACGUAGGUGUGCCCAAGAAUGCCCCUUUUCUCCAUAUUUCUCCCCUCAUGAACCUCAAAGGUUUGCUUCUGUUCACAAAGUCUUUGGUGCCAGCAACGUCUCCAAGAUGCUCAUGGAGGUGCCGGAGGGCCAAAGAGCCGAUGCUGCAAACAGUCUUGUUUAUGAGGCGAAUGUGAGGCUAAGAGACCCAGUUUAUGGGUGCAUGGGUGCAAUUUCAGCUUUGCAGCAACAAGUUCAAUCGUUACAAGCGGAACUCAAUGCAGUGAGGGCUGAGAUAUUGAAAUACAAAUAUAGAGAAACUAAUAUUAUGCCAUCAUCUCAUGCUGCUUUGCUCUCUUCUCGGGCUGUUUCCGUUGCUGCUCCACCACCACCAACAACAGCUCCAUCCCCACCGCCACCUCCUCUUACUUCUGCUUCCUGUACUUCUUCCAUGUACGGACAAGCCUCCAAUGUUGCAGAUUAUAGCUCCAUUUCAAGUGAAAACAUUUCCUACUUUGGUUAAAAUAUCUCUAGAUUAACAAAUCUAUCUCAUUUAUUUUUCUAUAUAACGAAAGCAAUGGAGUAAACUGAGGAAGUGAUUAAUAUGUUUAUUUUCUUCAUAAUUUCCUACAUGAAUUUAAUUAUUUCUUUUUUAUA